AUGGACCUGCCUCUUAGAGCCCCAACAAAGAUGACAGUGCAAGAUGUUCCUGGUGCCUUUCCUACAGUGGAUGUCCCAGACCAUGCCCAUUAUACAAUUGGAGUAGUCAUUCUUAUAGUGGGGAUCACAGGAACUCUGGGUAAUUUCCUGGUCAUCUAUGCUUUCUGCAGGAGCAGGAGCCUUCAGACUCCAGCCAACAUAUUCAUCGUCAAUCUAGCUGUUAGUGACUUCCUGAUGUCCAUUACGCAGUCUCCAGUUUUUUUCACCAACAGCCUCCACAAACGCUGGAUUUUUGGUGAGAAAGGCUGUGAGCUGUAUGCCUUCUGCGGAGCUCUUUUUGGCAUUACAUCUAUGAUCACUUUGAUGGUGAUUGCCUUGGACAGAUAUUUUGUCAUCACAAAACCUCUGGCUUCUGUUGGAGUGAUGUCUAAGAAGAAGGCCUUAAUAAUCCUGGUAGGAGUCUGGCUGUACUCUUUGGCUUGGAGCCUCCCGCCCUUCUUUGGAUGGAGUGCAUAUGUUCCCGAGGGUCUGCUGACUUCCUGUUCCUGGGACUACAUGACUUUCACACCAUCAGUCCGCGCCUACACGAUGCUGCUUUUCUGCUUCGUCUUUUUUAUUCCUUUGACUGCUAUCAUAUACAGCUAUGUCUUUAUAUUUGAGGCUAUCAAGAAGGCCAACAAGUCUAUUCAGACAUUUGGAUGUAAACAUGGAAAUAAAGAGUUCCAGAAACAGUAUCAGAGGAUGAAAAAUGAGUGGAAGAUGGCCAAAAUUGCACUGAUUGUCAUCUUGCUUUAUGUCAUUUCCUGGUCACCAUACUCUGUUGUUGCUCUGGUAGCUUUUGCUGGGUAUUCCCACGUCCUAACACCCUUCAUGAACUCCAUACCAGCUGUGAUUGCCAAAGCUUCUGUCAUCCAUAACCCCAUCAUUUAUGCCAUCGCUCACCCCAAAUACAGAACAGCCAUUGCAACAUAUGUUCCUUGCCUUGGAUCCCUGCUGAGAGUUUCUCCUAAAGACUCGCGGUCUUUCAGCAGUUAUCCCUCCUCCAGACGAGCGACCGUAACCAGCCAGUCUUCUGAGAUAAGUGGGCUGCAGAAAGGAAAAAGGCAACUGUCUUCUCUCUCUGACAGUGAAUCAGGCUGUACUGACACAGAAACUGAUACCCCCAGUAUGUUCUCCAGACUUGCUAGCAGACACAUUUCCUAUGAAACGGGUAAAGACACAACUCAAACUAGUGACAUGAGAGCCAAACCUAAACUGAAGAGACAUGAUUCUGGGAUCUGUGAGAAGACAGCUGUAGAUGCUGAUGACAUAUCCAUGGUGGAACUGAAUGUCACAGAGUGCACUGCUACACCUACUCAAACAUCUAAAAAAUGCAACUUGGAGAAAAUCAAGAGAGGUGAGAGCCUGAAUGGUAUUGGACAAAGAAAAGGAGAGUCUCACCACGGACCAUCUGCAGCCCAGAUACCCAGCAUUACAAUAACAUACAGCAAUGUCCAAGGAGUAGAGCUGCCUUCUGGAUACAAGUCUGGUUUCCUGUACCCUAAGAUCAACAGCCACAAGCAGAACAAGAAGUCCAACACCUAA